CUCCAUUAUUUUCAUGUUUAGUUUAAUUCACAUCUAAUUUAUUUGAUAUUUAUUUAUAUUUAUUAUACAUUUAUAACCAUAUAUUGUAUUAUAUAUUGAGUCAUAUGUAUUGAUCUCACUAUUAGUCAAGUAUUAGUCAAUUGAAUGAAACAGUGAUUCAAACAAAUCAUAACAAUAACAGUGAGAGUGAGUGAAGCGGUCAUCAAAACAUCAAAUCAAAGGAGAUUCUUGGAGCCCAUCGUUCAGUACAAAGGCAUCUAAUCUGCAAACUCUGAGCAGCUCUUCAGCGAUGGACACCAAUGAGAAUGAGUCGCAAAUCGCAAGCUUUUAUAAAGACCGAAGCGUUUUCAUUACAGGCGCCACAGGUAUUAGUUGAGAAACUGUUGCGUUCGUGCAGUGAUGUCAAGAAUAUCUAUGUCUUACUCCGGACUAAAAAAGGUCUGAACGCCCGCUCCCGUCUCGACGAACUGCUUAACACUAAAAUUUUUGAGAAGAUUCGCGAUGAGAACCCGAAAGCAUUGAACAAAAUAGUGGCCAUUCAGGGGGACAUCACUCUCAACAGUUUGGGAAUAUCCGAGAGUGACUUGAAUUUGCUUUCAAGCGAUGUCUCCAUUGUAUUUCAUUCAGCGGCGACCGUCAAGUUUGACGAACCCUUGAAGACUUCAGUGGAGUUCAACGUAAUCGGAACCCGAAGAUUAGUCGAAAUAUGCCAUAAAAUGCCAAAAUUAGUGGCUUUAAUCCACGUGUCGACCGCAUACGCCAACUGCAACCGAUCGGAAAUCGAUGAACUGCUAUACUCUCCGCCCGUUUCGCCCCAAAAAAUCGUGGACGCAGUUGAAUGGAUGGACGACGAGGUCAUCAACUCAUUGACGCCUAAACUGCUGGGCGAUCGGCCCAACACUUACACGUAUACGAAAGCAUUGGCCGAAUCGCUUUUGGUGGACGAGUGCGGGAGCCUACCGGUAGCUAUAGUGAGGCCAUCCAUAGUGACCGCCUCCUGGAAGGAGCCGUUGCCGGGUUGGGUCGACAACAUUAACGGCCCGACGGGUCUGAUCCUUGCGAGUGGUAAAGGAAUUCUGCGCACAAUGCUCUUCAACUCGAAGGCCGGCGCUGACCUGAUCCCAGUGGACACUGUCAUUAAUCUGAUGAUAUCUGUGGCCUGGUAUACGGCUACACAACAGCCCAACAGCAUAAUGGUCUACAACUGCACGUCAGGUCAGCACAAUCGGAUCACUUGGGGUGACAUCGAGAGGAUUGCCUUCCCUUUACUGCUUCAUUACCCGAGCGCUGAGAUAUUCCGAUAUCCGGGCGGAAACUUCAAAGAGAACCUGGCCUGGUAUACGGCCACACAACAGCCCAACAGCAUAAUGGUCUACAACUGCACGUCAGGUCAGCACAAUCGGAUCACUUGGGGUGACAUCGAGAGGAUUGCCUUCCCUUUACUGCUUCAUUACCCGAGCGCUGAGAUAUUCCGAUAUCCGGGCGGAAACUUCAAAGAGAACCGUCUGUUUAACGACAUUUGCUCCUUCUUUGACCACAUAAUUCCCGCCUAUUUUUUUGACGCUUUGAUGGCACUGACGGGUCGCAAGAGAAUUAUGGUCAGAAUCUACGAGAAGUUGCAUCGGGCGACCGGUGCCCUCGAAUGGUUCACCACAAGAGAGUGGAAGUUCAGUGCGAAUAAUGUACUGAUGCUUAUCGAUCAACUCAAGGGAGUGGAUAAAGAGACAUUCCAUUUUGAUAUCCGUGACCUCCAUUGGCCCACAUAUUGGGAGGACUAUGUGUUGGGUUCGCGGAAAUACAUACUAAAAGAAGACAACUCCUCUCUA